AUGAUUAAUACAAAACAAACUAUAUUGAUGUGGAGUAAAAUCGACCAAACGCACUUGAAGUACGGAUCAGGAAACGCCAUUUUUCUUCUGGGCACUAUUGCAGUUGCUGUUGCCGUUGCCUUUGGUAGUGUUCUAGAACUUGGGAUCAUCAGUAUUUGGAUAUCAGGGCAAUUUAAUUUUUUUUCAGCGUAUUUGAUCUCAAUUAGGAAUAUAUACCAAGUCGAAACAAAGUAUUGUGAGACCAUUGGUUGUGAAGAUACGCCGAUCAUUACACUGCUUAUUGGAUCAAUAGGAGCACAAAAUUUGCUGUGUGAGCAAAAUUCCCAAUAUGAAGCAUCAACUUGA